AUGACCACGAUGCUGCUUAGAAAUCUGCCAACGCGCUUCACUUACAGUGGCCUUACUGUCGUACUUGCCUUCGCAGUGUUGUGGCAUUUCUACAAUUUCAUGACUGGCGCCGGAUAUCACGUUGCUUGGACAAAAGACAACUCUCCAAAUAAAGCAGCUCGGAGCCUCUCGGAAGAGUCUAUCCCUAACUUGGCUCACUUCGUCUACAUACUCAAGGAUUCUGGCAGCGACCUUAUCUUCCGGUUCAGCGACUUCCUGUCCGUGUACGCUGCUUAUUACUACUGGCGCCCCAAAGUCAUAUACUUGCACACAGAUGCACCUGAGGAAACAAUAAACCGCGCACGAGACGGACUAUCUGGGAAAUGGAGCAGACUCAUAUUUCGCAUACCGGGUCUACGAGCAGUACCAGCUUUAGUUCCGUCGCACGCCAGCAACGGAGCAGAAAUAAGUCUUAUUGAGCACAAGUCAGAUUUCGUACGGGUCCAAGCUAUUCGAAAGUUCGGAGGUACCUAUAUUGACUUUGAUGCACAUCCGUUGCGAGACAUAAAAGUCCUUCGCGAAAGUGGCUUCAACGCCAUUAGCGGAAGGCAGUUUGGAGGACAAGUAAUGAGUGGUACCUUCAUGUCGAAGAAGAGCAGCAAGAUGAUCAGUCUCUGGGCUGAAGAGAUGCAUAAAGUAUACGAUGGUGGUUGGACCACUCAUAGUAAUGAGGUUAUAACUCGUGUGAGCGAGCACUUAGUGGCCGAGCCUGGGGAGAUGCUCAUUAUGGAACGAGAGGCCUUCGGCCCUGGUAGCUGGAAUAGUGAGGAUUGCGUUCAUCUAUUUGAGGUUCACAACGACACAACCUCAAACUUGGAAGGCAUUGUCCCCAGCGAUGGCUUGCCAUCGUUCAAUGAUGGGUCUGCUGACACCUGGAAUCAUUCUGAGAUGCCUCCGCCAUGGGCGGAUGACUGGUCAAGGACAUAUAUUCUCCAUGCCUUCAAUCCAAAACGAUCCGGGAUAAUAGUCAAUGGGUUCGAUCGCAUUACACCACGCUAUGUGCUAGAAAGACGUAGCAAUUUUGCGCGGGCUGUUUAUCCGAUUGCUAAGAUCCUGUAUGAGCGUGGUUUAUUCGAGAUAAAUGAUUCGUGA